ACAUCCAAUGAGAAGGCACCAGCAUAGGUGAACAAGGUAGGUAACCGUCUCCUGGCUGUCACUCUGAAGGGCUGAGCUGACACAGGCUGACGCGUUCGACUGCAGAGACAACCAUCUGUUUUGGAGAAGAUGCUGUCGGCCGUGCUCUUCGCUCUUCUGGCAGUUUCUGCUGCAGCCAGUGAAGGGCCUGAGUACUCGUACUCCCCCGACGUGGGUUCAGGAAGCGGCUCCUCAUACACCCUCACUGGAAUGGGAAGAAUCACAGCCAUCAGGAUUUGGGAAACCUAUAGCAACUAUGUGACGGGCAUCCAGUUCCGAUAUGGGUACGUCUGGUCAGACGUCGCUGGGUACUUGUCUGGCGCCCCCAUGGAAAUACAGCUGUAUAAAGGCGAAGCCAUCGUCCAGAUUUCUGGAAAGUAUUCCAACUACCUGCAGUACGUGGUUUUCACCACGAACCGCGGCCGCUUCGUGCAGGCGGGGCAGCCUUCAGGAAACUCCUUCAACAUGUACCCCAAACACAGUAGGGCGGAGCUGGUCUUUAUCAGCGGGCGCCACGCUGGACCCAUCACCUCCCUGGGAGCUCACUGGGCCGUGGUUGAUCCAAACGCAGAUUGAAGAAAAAGAUAUUUGAUGACUUUUUAAACUCUGACGUUUCAGCAUCUGUACGUUAAACUGGAAUUUACUGCUAAAGAAAUCAUGUAAAAUAUUUCAGAUUUUCAAAAUUUCAGUUGCCUAUUUGUUUGUUGGUUUAUGCUUAGUCGUUUUGCCCUGUGAUUACUGUCAAGUAAAUAGAUUAUAUAUAUUGAUUUUCUCAAAAAAAUCAUCUCAAACCUGAUUAAAACGUAACACCAUCAACAAUAAAUGACUUGUGUGUGA